CUGAGAACAGAGAACAGAACAGAGAACUGAGAACAGAACAGAGAACUGAGAACAGAGAACUGAGAACAGAGAACAGAUCCUGGUGUGUUUGAUUGAAACAGUUGUUAAUGGGGGACGAGGUGAGAAGAGGAGACGAAGAGGAGCGCGGGCCAGGUGCAGCUCACCAGGUGUUUGUGAAGAUGGAGGCUCUGAUGGAGAAGUUAAAGGUGUUAAACUACGAGGACGAAGUUCUGACCAAACACAACAUGAAGAACCUGUCCAGACAUUACUUUGUCUCCAGUCCGUAUCUGGGGUUGAACCCGGGCGAGCAGUUCUACAUGUUCACCAUCAUCUCAGCGUGGCUCAUCAACGCAGCGGGGAGGCCGUUCACCGAGCCGCAGGAGUACGACGAACCCAACGCCACCGUGUCCAACAUCCUGGCAGAGCUCCGGGCGUUCGGCGUUAAGGUGGACUUCCCGCCCUCCAAACUGAAGUCGGGAUCGGGAGAAUACGUCUGCUGUUUGGACCAGCUGGCUGACAAAGCUCUGAGCAGGAGAGGGUUCUCCUUCAGAAGGCCAAACUACCCGACAGAAACCACAGAAGAAGAGUCAGUAAUGGAGGACGACGCGGAGCUCACACUCAGCAGAGUGGAGGAGGAGAUGAUCGAGGAGCCUGAUGAGGACGAGGAGAACGUGAUGGACCUGGAGGCUCUGAAGUUAAGAACCACUCACACUGAAGCCGACGCGUCCUCCAAACCGGACGAGAUUCUGGAGUCGACGGUGGAUGCAGCAGAGUGGAGCCUGGAGGUGGAGAGAGUCCUGCCGCAACUCAAAGUCACCGUCAGGACCGACAACAAGGACUGGAGGAUCCACGUGGACCAGAUGCAUCAACACAGAGACGGGAUCAAGUCCUCGCUCAAGGACACCAAGAGCUACCUGGACAAACUGCAGGAGGACAUCGGUAAGACUCUAGAGAAGGUGGGCAGCAGAGAGAAAUACAUCAACAACCAGCUGGAGCAUCUGAUCCAGGAGUACCGCAGCGCUCAGGCCAAACUCAGCGAGGCUAAGGAGCGCUACCAGCAGGCCAGCGGAGGAGUGACUGAGAGGACCAGAGUCCUGGCAGAGAUCAGCGACGAGCUGGAGAAGGUGAAGCAGGAGAUGGAGGAGAAAGGCAGCAGCAUGUCGGACGGAGCUCCGGUGGUGAAGAUCAAGCAGAGUCUGACCAAGCUGAAGCAGGAGAUCGUUCAGAUGGACGUGCGGAUCGGUGUCGUCGAGCACACGCUGCUGCAGGCCAAACUCAGAGAGAAGUCCAACAUGACGCGCGACAUGCACGCCACCAACAUCCCCGAGCCCGCCACAGGGGCCUUCUCAUAGGUAUGCCUGCACACA